AGCAUGACAGACUGAGAAGUGGUGAUGCUGGAAACAGAAGACGGAGACCAUGACUGAGUCUGCACUCACGCUUGCUUUGCUGAAGUGUUCUUCUCCAGUUUUAGUUGGUGUAUCUCAGUGUUCAGUUUGACGAUGGAGCCCCAACGGCAGAUAUACAAAAGACUGGACAUCCCGGAUCAUGUGCAUUACAUCAUCGCCUUCCUCGUCCUCAUCAUCGGCACUUUGGGAGUCACGGGUAACGCUUUGGUCAUGUUCGCCUUUUACAGUAAUAAAAAGUUGCGGAGCCUGCCAAAUUAUUUCAUAGUGAACCUGGCGGUGAGUGAUUUCCUCAUGGCCAUCACACAAUCUCCAAUGUUCUUCAUCAACUGCCUGUAUAAGGAGUGGAUGUUUGGAGAACUUGGAUGUAAAAUAUAUGCAUUCUGUGGCGCACUGUUUGGCAUCACCUCGAUGAUAAACCUGUUGGCCAUCUCUAUCGAUCGCUACCUGGUCAUUACCAAACCACUGCAGGCCAUCCAGUGGAACUCCAAACGCAGAACCUCUCUGGCCAUCCUGUGCAUCUGGCUCUACUCUCUGGCCUGGAGUCUGGCUCCUCUGAUUGGCUGGAGUUCCUACAUCCCUGAAGGUCUGAUGACAUCAUGCACGUGGGAUUACGUCUCGCCGUCUCCCGCCAACAGGAGUUACACCAUGAUGCUGUGCUGUUUUGUCUUCUUCAUCCCCCUGGCCAUCAUUCUCUUCUGUUACCUGUAUAUGUUCCUCGCCGUACGACAGGCCUGCAGAGAUCUAAAAAGGCUGAGCUCUAGGAAGUCCACCUUUGUGAAGCAGCAUUCCAUGAGGAGCGAAUGGAAACUGGCUAAAAUAGCGGCUGUGGUCAUAGUGGUAUUCGUUUUGUCCUGGGCUCCCUACGCGUGCAUCACGCUCAUCGCCUGGGCGGGGCAUGCAAACAUCCUCACGCCCUACUCUAAAACACUGCCGGCGGUCAUCGCCAAGUCAUCCGCCAUCUACAACCCUUUCAUAUAUGCCAUAGUUCACACCAAAUACAGAGCCACAUUGGCUGAGAAGGUUCCUGGUUUGUCCUGUCUGUCUCGCUCUCAGAAGGACUGUCUCACCUCCUCCACCGCUAGCGAAGCCUCCAGUGUCAGCAGACAGUCAUCUGUCUCCAGGAGCAAACUCCACACGACCACCGCCAAAGACUCCUGCACUAUGGUAAUGGGAGAAGUGGAGCUGGACCUGAUGGAGAACAGGUCGAACGUGUCUAAAGUGUCAUUCAGAGGCUUUUCUAGAAAGCGGAUCCUCAAAUGCUCCUCACUGCUGAUAGAGAAGCCUCCGGUUCAGAUGAGAGGGUCGCUCAGUCUAUGCGAGCGCGAUCUCGUCUCCGGUUCCUUCGCCAUGGCAAGCGCACCUACGGAUAUUUGCACUGAAAAGAGCAGGAGUGCUGAAAUGACCUCUGACCUUCAAUGUAACCCUAAGAACGACUCCGUGACCCACAGCUCCUCGGACACGCCCACAGUCAUCAUUAGUCCAGCCUCAGAGAGCAACAUGAGAAAAGAUACCGUUGGAGAAGAAAAGUCUGGAUCUCAGGACUCAAGGAGCUUAAUGUUCGACCUCACAAACAUAAACUGUCCGGCAGAGUUAAUGGAGAAUAUGGAGAGGUUUCUCACAUGAACCGACCAGCACUGAUAUAUAAUAAACUCUGUUUUUUACAA